GUCACAAGAUGGCGGCGAACGCGAACUCUGCCGGUGGUGGCGGGAGCCUCCCGCUCUUUGACUGUCCGAGCUGGGCAGGAAAGCCUCCACCAGGGUUGCACCUGGAUGUAGUCAAAGGAGACAAACUUAUUGAGAAGCUGAUCAUUGAUGAAAAGAAAUACUAUCUCUUUGGGAGAAAUCCAGAUUUAUGUGAUUUUACCAUUGAUCACCAGUCAUGUUCUCGGGUCCAUGCUGCCUUGGUCUACCAUAAACAUCUGAAGAGGGUUUUUCUUAUAGAUCUCAACAGCACACAUGGCACAUUUUUGGGUCACAUUCGUUUGGAGCCACACAAGCCGCAGCAGAUUCCCAUUGACUCUACGGUUUCAUUUGGCGCCUCCACGCGGGCCUACACUCUGCGAGAAAAACCUCAGACAUUGCCCUCUGCGAUAAAAGGAGAUGAGAAAAUGACCGGCGAGGACGAUGAACUCAAGGGAUUGCUUGGCCUGCCAGAAGAGGAGACAGAGUUAGAUAACCUGACAGAAUUCAACACAGCCCACAACAAGAGGAUCUCCACAUUAACCAUAGAAGAAGGAAACUUAGAUAUCCAGAGACCAAAAAGAAAACGAAAGAACUCGAGAGUAACAUUCAGUGAUGAUGACGAGAUCAUCAAUCCAGAGGAUGUGGACCCUUCUGUUGGACGUUUCAGAAACAUGGUACAGACCGCAGUAGUCCCAGUGAAGAAAAAACGAAUGGACAACUCCGGGUCCCUGAGUGCGGAUGAGGCCGCGACGCGGCGCAUGCAGAACUUUCCCUAUAGCGGAGGAUUGUACGGUGGCCUGCCCCCCACUCACAACGAGGCAGGCGCCCAGUCCCAUAACGUUCAUGGCACAGCGCUCAUUGGGGGCCUGCCCAUGCCCUAUCCAAACCUUGCCCCGGAUGUGGACUUGACUCCGGUUGCACCCUCAACGGUGGCCAUGAACCCGGCUCCAAACCCUGCUGUCUUUAAUCCCGAAGUUGUGAACGAGCCCAAGAAAAAGAAGUAUGCGAAAGAAGCUUGGCCAGGCAAGAAGCCCACCCCGUCUCUCUUGAUCUGAGUGGCAGAGCGUGGUCUGUCCUGAGGGAUGGAGCCAACCAGCCAGAGGGGGAAAAACUGUGUAAGCGCAACAGCAGCAGCUUUUCAGACUUGGGCCUAA